GACAAAAGAGUCGACGAUUCAUCGCCUUUCUCUCUCUAGAAAAAAAAAAAAUUCAGUAAACCAAAAGCAGCCGGUCUGCAGUCUACUCACUUUCUCUCUCUAGAAAUUCCAUUUCAUCUCCUCACAGUUUCCCUUCAUACUUUUGUGCCUGAAACUAUAUUUUUCUUCAAUUUUCCUUCUUCCAUCACAAGUCUUAUCUUUUAUUCUCUUCUCAUAAGCUUUCAGAUCUCUCGGACAAGCUCUGAGACUGGUCCUUUGGGCGCUCAAAUCUCUCUCCCCGCCAUGGCUGGUCGCUACGACAGUAACCCAUUUGCCGAAGAAGAAGAAGUCAAUCCUUUCUCGCAGAAUCCUGGAAUUGUUGCUCCUGCCAAAAACUCAAGACUUUCACCUCUUCCUCCUGAACGUGCUGGUUUCAACUACGGCCUUGGCGACCCUGUUGACAUACCUAUCGAUGGAAAUGGAGAUUUGAAAAAGAGGGAGAGGGAACUCCAAGCUAAAGAAGCUGAAUUGAGAAAGCGGGAGGAGAUUGUAAGACGGAAAGAAGAAGCUGCCGCACGUGCUGGAAUUGUUAUUGAGGAAAAAAAUUGGCCACCUUUCUUCCCAAUUAUCCAUCAUGAUAUUGCAAAUGAAAUACCAGUUCAUUUACAGAGGGUGCAGUAUGUGGCAUUCACAACAUGGUUAGGACUUGUUCUUUGCCUUUUCUGGAAUGUAAUAGCUGUUACUGCGGCAUGGAUUAAGGGGGAAGGGGUAAAAAUUUGGUUCCUUGCAGUUAUCUACUUCAUAUCAGGGGCUCCUGGAUCCUAUGUCUUGUGGUACCGUCCACUGUACCGUGUUUUCAGGUCCGAGAGUGCUUUGAAGUAUGGAUGGUUUUUCCUGUUUUAUCUGGUCCACAUUGGCUUCUGCAUCUUUGCUGCGGUUGCUCCUCCGAUAUUCUUCAAAGGAAAAUCUCUCACUGGCAUUCUGCCUGCAAUUGAUGUUCUUGGUGACCAUGUUUUGGUUGGGAUCUUCUACUUCAUUGGAUUUGGAAUGUUCUGUCUUGAAUCAGUGCUGAGCAUCUGGGUCAUUCAGCAAGUAUACAUGUAUUUCCGAGGAAGCGGUAAAGCUGCUGAAAUGAGGCGUGAAGGAGCUAGAGGAGUCGUGAGGGCAGCACUUUGAAGCUAAAAUCUUGUAUGGAGAAGAAAAGAUGGUGGAAUUCUGUAUUUGAUAUAGGUUGUAAAUGCCCCUUUAGUUACAGGAUUUGCAGGUACAGAUGGUUUUGUUAGAGCCUUCAUUUUUUAUUUGUUCCGUAUUACGCCUGUUUCAUAGAUGAUUUUUAAGUGCUACCUGUGUUUCUAUACUGGAGAAUGUUUAGGAGGCUUGACACCACUGGCUUGCUAGAAACAUUAUGUUUUCUUCAUUUUUCUGUUUCUGAAAACUCUUAGUUCCAUCA